AUGGAAUCUCUUCCAAGCCUCGACCGGCGGCUCGGCCCAUGCCUGGCAGCCGAACCACGCAACCCGCCCCUCACCACCGCUCUCCACCUGCGCCCAAACCUUCAAUUCGACUUCUCACUCUUCACAGAAUCGUCCCUCCGUCGCAUGGGCAUCCCAUCGCUACCCAGCAGGGAGGAGGAGAGGGAGCGGCGGCUAAGACAACACGUGUUGGCGCUAGCAGAGGCCCAUGCAGUGGGGGACUGGGCGCUGGUGCGGCGGUGGGGGAAGAAGGUGCGGGGGGAGGCGACUGCGGAGGGGGAUGUGGUGCAGCGAGUGGCAUGGUACAUGCUGCAGGCUCUGGAAGCAAGGGCGGAUGGCACUGCUGCUGUGAAAUGGCGAGCGCCGGUCGAGUAUAAAGUCAAGGUGGGUCGUUGCUGGUGUGGUGGUCUAUGUGUGAGGCGAGAGGUGAGUGAGAGAGGGGAUCUGGUGCAGCGCGUGGCAUGGCACAUGUUGCAGGCUCUGGAGGCGAGGGUGGAUGGCACUGCUGCUGUCGAGUGGCGACAUACGGUUAGGAUCACAGCAGACGUGAUGGAAGCGUCUGCAGCAGAUGUGAUGGCAGCAGUGGGCCACUUGCAUGAGUCCAACAUUCUGUCCAUCAACUUCGUCUUUGCUGCCCUCCUCCACGAGCAGCACCCCCACUCUCCCCCACCUCUCUCCAUCCGCGUAACAGGCAUCAACGGCAGUGCUGUCCCGCUCGAUUCAGCCCUCAGCGUCUCCGCCUUCGGGCAGCCGUUCUUCGGGCAGCUCGCAAAGUUUUUGGGGGUGCCCAUGACCUUUGAGAUGCUGGAUGUGCCUCUGGAUUCGCUGCAUCCAGGCAUGGUGAAGGUUCAGCCGGGGGAGGAGGUGGUGGUUUGCACCCUCUGGACGCUCAUGCUCUUCCCAGAUGACUCUGUUCUCCGCCACAACCCACGAGAUGCCGUGCUGAAGGUGAGAUGCGGUUUUAAGGGGAAGGUGAGACAGAAGCUGGAUAGCUAA